AAUGGUGUCCAUCACAGCGUUAUGAUUUUCUAAAUUGCAAAAAGUAAAAAAUGUUUAUUAUAAUUGCUAAUUUAUCAUAGCAUCAUAUUUUUGAAUACAAUCAUUAAUUAAAUAUUAAAUUUAAUAACUAAUUGUUGAGUUAUUUACAAUACAAAAUGGAUCAAGCACCAGCAGACAUUGAAUUGCGCAAAAUAAUUGACAAACUUGCACAAUUUGUCGCAAGAAAUGGUCCAGAUUUUGAACAAAUGACAAAAACCAAACAACAAGAUAAUCCAAAAUUUGGUUUUUUGUUUGGUGGAGAACACUUUAAUUAUUAUCAGUAUAAAGUAACUACAGAACAAGCAAUUUUAAAACAAAAAGGAAUAAAUCAACCACAAAAUGUAGAUCCACGUUUAAACGUUUCACAGCCACCACCACCAUCACCACAACAACCAGUUCCAGGUUCAAUACAACAGCUUAAUACUUUAAAUAUUCAAAAUAAUGGAGCUAUUGCUGGUAUGCCUGGAUCAAUGAUUGUUAAUUCAGUGCCAAAUGUCAUUGGUGGUGUUAGAAGUGGUCCACCACCACCACAACCAGGUGUUGUUAAUGGACCACCACCAACAGCAUGGCUACAAAAUGAAUUAUCAAGUCUUGAAGCACAACAAAAAAUACUACAAGAACAAGUUACACAAUCUGAACAAAAUUUAGCUGCUCAACAUGCUGCAUUAAUGUCAGAACAACAACAUCGUGUUGAAGAGGCUGUUAAAUUAGCUCAAGAUGAAGCAUUAAAAACAUCAGCACAAACAACAAAUACUGAUCUUGAAAAAUUUGAUGUUGUUUUAAAACCAGCUAUUGAUAGUUGUACCAAAGACAGUAUAAAUGCUGCAAAAAAAUGGAUUAUUGAUUUUAGUACAAGUAAAGCUAGCAACCAAGUUAUUGCUGAUUAUUUACUUCAAAAAGUCAUUCAGACCACUGAUAUUGGUCAUAAAUUACAUAUUGUUUAUUUGCUCAAUGAUGUCUUGGCCACUUGUGUACGCAAAGGAUCAAUGGAAGAUAUACGUAAAACAAUGGAAAAAGUUGUUGUACCAAUGUUUUGUAAUGCUUCACUUGCUGCAUCUGGUAGAGUACUUGAAAAGCUAACAAAAUUAUUAAAUUUAUGGGAAGAAAAAAAUUAUUUUUACGAUCAAAAUAUUAUUGAAAAACUCAAAAAUCCAAGUGCAACAUGGUCAGAUUAUCAGGCAAAUUUAGUUGCACAAUUUACAAAUGCAAUAACACCAAUAACAUUGUCAACUAAAAAAACAUAUGAUAAUUAUCAAGCACAACAUCAGGCAUUUGUUGAUCAUGCAACACGUCAAAUUGCAACUAUUGAACAACAAAAAAUUUCUAUUGAACAACAGUUGAAGACACCACCACCACCACCCCAAAUGGUACAACAAAAUCAACAAAAUAUGUCAUUGCCAUCACCACUAAGUGGUCCACCUCCACUAAGUGGUCCACCUCCACCAAUUGGAGGUGAUUUAAAUUUUAGUCAACCUCCACCUGGUUGGGGGGGAGUAACACAAACUGAACCACCCCCAUUUACAACAGUACCAUUGCCUGAUUUUUCAAAACCACCACCUGGUUUUGGACCACCUCCACUUGUAAUACAUGAACCAUCUGUUGAGGAUUUGAUGCCAAGUAUGCCUUAUUUUGAAUUACCAGCUGGUUUAAUGGUACCACUUAUUAAACUUGAAGAUGCUGAAUAUAGAUCACUUGAUCCUGAUGCUAUUAGAUUACCACCACCAGCACCACCAAGUGAACGUUUAGUUGCUGCUGUUGAAGCAUUUUAUGCAGCACCAAAUCAUGAUUCACCAAGAGACAGUGAUGGAUGGGAAAAAUUGGGUUUAUACGAGUAUUAUAAAGCUAAAAAUAGUGCACGUAAAAGAAAAGAAGAUGAUAUAUUAUCUGGUAUACGUGAAAAAACACGUUCACCAUCACCAAUAUUACGACCAAGAUCAAAAUCACCUAGUCCACCUAAAAAACGUUAUAAAAGUAAAUCACGUAGUAGAUCACGUUCACGUUCACGUGGACGUAGUAAAUCAAAAUCACCAAUAGCAUCAACAAAUCAUCGUCGUAAUAGUCGUAGUAAUAGUCAACAUAAUAAUAGUAAUAGUAAUAGUAAUAGCAAUAAUAAUAAUACUAAUAAUAAUCGUAAUAAACGUCGUAGAAAUAGUAAUAAAGAUAAAAGUCCAGAUAAACGUAAUGAUAGAACAGAUAGAAGUCCAACACCACCAAGUUUUCUUGGUUCAACAUAUAGUAAAGGUUUAUCUGAUACAAGUUUAGAUGAAAGUAAUAAAGGACAUCAAUUAUUAAAAAAAAUGGGAUGGGCUGGUGCUGGUCUUGGUGCUAAUGAACAAGGUAUUGAAGCACCAAUAUCUGGUGGUGAAAUUAGAGAUAGAAAUGAUCAGUACAAAGGUGUUGGUAUUAAUCUUAAUGAUCCAUAUGAAAAUUUUCGUAAAAGUAAGGGACAAGCAUUCAUCACGAGAAUGAAAGCGAGAGCUGAAGAAAGAGCUGAAGAACGAGGAGAUCGAGAAUAAAUUAUUUAUAUUUUAUUAAUAUUAUUAUUGUUUUUUUUUUUCUUUUUUUUUUUAAUUGUCAUUUUGCAUUCCUUGUUUCUUUUUUUUUAUAUGAAAAGUCAAUCUCGAUGAAUGUAAUUAUGGUGAAUCUAUUUUUUCAAAUGUUUUUUUUUCUUUUUUCUAUGUUCGUUGUGGAUGAAUGUAUGAAAGUUUUUAUCUCACAUUAAAAUUAUCAUUUUUUUUUUCUUUUAAUUGUUAAGAUAAAAUUGCCAAAUGGUUUUUUUUUUACUUUAAAAAUGAAACUUAAAUAUUUUGAUCAGUUAUUAAGAUUUUUUUUUUUGUUUUUUAUUUUAAUUUAUUCUGAGGAAAUCAGAACAUUGUGUAAUAUAAGUCAAUUUUCAUCAUAAAUAUAUAUAUAUUUUUUUUUUCUUUUUUUUUUUCCAUUUUUAUAAAUCAAUUGUCAAUGUUACGUUAAUCUUUUUACAAUGUGUUGAAAGAUUUAAAAAAAAAUUAUGAACAAACUGUACAAAUCGAAAUAAUAUUGUUCGUAAAAAAAAAAAAAGCAAA